AUGGGCCGGAGAACAGAGAGAAACCACCUCUCCACUAAAUCCCACACCCUCCCCUCCUCCCCCACCCACUCCUCGUCCUCAUCCGACUUCGAAUUCACCAUCUCCCUCUCCCCUCGCAAAUCCUCCGCCGCCCUAUGCCCCGCCGACGAACUCUUCUACAAAGGCCAGCUACUCCCUCUCCACCUCUCCCCUCGUCUCUCCAUGGUCCGAACCCUCCUCCUCGCCUCCUCUUCCACCUCCUCGUCCUCCGACACCACCACCACUGCCUCCCGUGACUCCCAUUCCUCCACCGAUUCCCACUCCUCCACCUCUAGUGACCUCAUCCUCCUCCACCACCUUCCGGACUGCGAUUCCUCCCGUCCCAGCUCCGCCACUGACGACGAAUUCAAACGCCUAACCACCACCACCUCUUCACUCAAUUAUCCAAAAAAAACAUCAAAAUACUUCUCCCUCUCACGAUUCUCUUCCGUUUUUCGUAAAGAACCCAAAAACACACCUUCAUCUUCAACCACACCUUCAUCAUCUGCGAAGCGUGUGAGUUCAACUGCUAAAGAAGUUAUUCGAAAGUACUUGAAAAAAGUUAAGCCUUUAUACGAAAAACUUUCGCAAAAACAUCAACAGAAAAUUCCCACAAAACCAGAUGGAUCCAUCGAAAAAACAUCUCAAAUUUCUGUGCAUGAAAAUCCUCGAAAAGAGAACACCAAUGCAACAAUUUCACAUUCAUUCUCAGGGAAUUUAAGGUAUCCCAGACGUAGAAAUUGCAUAGUUUCGAGCUGUCCAUCGUCCAUGAGAUCAUCACCGACUCACUCGGGGGUUAUCAGUAAAAAUGGAUUCGCGGUUCAACCCGUGAACAGGACCCGAGAGGCCAUGUACGGGUAUUCGGAUUCUUCUUCCUCCAUGGAGGAGUUGCAGAGUGCAAUCCAGGGUGCAAUUGCGCAUUGCAAAAGCUCUAUGAACAAGACUAUGGUAAGUAAUGAAAUCUGA